UGCGCCGUUCGGUCUGCACCGCGCAGGGAGCACGGCUAGGCUGCGGCGGCUGGGCGCUCUGCCGCGGCGGCGAGCGACGACGCGAGGAUAAGAAAAGAGGCGGCGCGCCUCCCGCGUGCGAAGAAAACAAGGCGCCAGGGCCCCGCGACGAAAAAAAACGGCGCCUCCCUGGCGCGGAGCGCGUGGCUUGGAAACCAAGCGAAGACGCCGAAGGCAGGCUGCCGCCGCUUGCCUCUUUGGUCGUCUGCUAGCGCGUCCGGGACGAAGACAACGUCCCGGCCGGCUUUCCGGGUGGCGGCAUCGACUGACUGUCUGCACACGCAAGCGCCCCGGGACCCCGCUCUCAUUUGUCUUCGACGGACCGGCGCUGCCGCCGCAUGGUAGAUGAGUUCUUUGGAUGACACAAUGAGGCGAUCGGCAACCUCGGAGCCAGCACAGGCGGUGUCCGGCUGGCGAGCCUCCAAGCCACACACCUGAAUCAUAUGGGCCAGGCCAAGUCGCCUGGAACAUCCGCGACGCACCAUGAACCGUCCAAGAUCUUCGAUUACCGUGACGACAGCGCCAGCACCUGAGCAGUCCAAAAGGGCGCUCACGAGGCUGGACCAGCUUGUGGUGUUUUUACUCUCAUGUUGCUACGCGCUGUGCAGCAACGCUACCGGUGAGACAACGUGGGACGUGCAGUGCCCCGUAGUGUGCAAGUGCAGCGUUGAAGCGUCGAUGAACAUGGGCCUCAACCUGCGAACAGCCAACUGCUCCGGCCGCGGACUGAGGACCGUGCCUGUUGGCCUUCCGCAUGACACGCAAGCACUUCUGUUGAACAGCAACCAGCUGACCGACCUCCACAACCAGAUACCAACGCUGCGGAAUCUGGUAGAGCUGGACCUUUCGCGGAACCAUAUCAAGCAGCUCGGCCGCGGCAUCAUCUUUCACAACAUCAGCAGGCUAAAGUUUUUGGACUUGUCUCAUAAUGAAUUCAAGACCUUGUUCAACGGCGUGUUCAGGGGAAUCGUGCACUUAGAGACGCUUCUAAUGAACAGCGUGCAAAUCAAGUUCAUCGAAGAGCGCGUCUUUGACGGUAUGCGCCAACUGCGCGUGCUGACGGUAGACCGCAACCACCUGCCCUCCAUCUAUCCCGAAUGGUUUCAAGACCUGCUCGCCCUCGAGAGCCUGUCUUUAUCACACAAUCACAUUUCGUACGUAUACCCGCGCGUAUUCCUGCUGCUUCAUCGGCUACGCUACCUGUCGCUCGCUCACAACCGCAUUAGAGGCCUCAGCGAUCAGGCGUUCCUAGGCUUGGACAAUCUAACCACGCUGCACCUGGACAGCAACCAGCUGACGCGGGUGCCAGCCUCGGCCUUGCAGAAAUUGCAAGGACUGCAUACGCUCCACAUCGGUAAAAACCCGUUCACGGGGUUCCGCUCGGCCAAUUUUGUGGGUCUGCCUAUCGUCGAGCUGUUCGCGGACCACGUUCCCACCCUGACGGUGAUCGAGCGCGGCGCAUUCCGCGACUUGCCGCGACUACAAGUGCUGCGCCUGCACGACAACGCCAGGCUGCAGUACGUGGACGCGCAGGCGUUCGUCAAUGUUCCGUCCCUUUGCCAGGUGCUGCUUCACCGCAACAACAUCUCGGCGCUCAGCGAAGAACUCUUCCGCAACCUGUCUGCUCCUCUGAACGUUUCUCUGCACGGCAACCCGCUCCUGUGUGACUGCAACGUCCGCUGGGUGGUUGAGGCCGUGUCGGCCCUGUCAAACACGUCCGUUCGCUUUAUGCAACCCGAGGAACUGGCCUGCCACAAGCCGCCACCGAUGGUCGGACGGGGCCUCCUCAACAUAUCCCUGGCAGAAGUGCCGGCCGAGUGCCCGCCCUUUCUCGUCGGCACCGUGAACAGCACCGUGCAGCGCAAGAUCGGCGACGCGCAGGUGUUCCAGUGCUACGCCCUCGGCCUUCCCGAGCCCAAAGUGCGCUGGCUGCUCCCGAACGGUCGUGUCUGCAAUGAGACCGGAAACGACGUGCACGUGCAGUUCAAGCCUCCGGGCAGCAUCACCAUCUACCACCUGAGGCCGGUCGACGUGGGAGCAUACACGUGCAUCGCCGAGAACAGGCACGGCCGCGUAAUCAAGGUGGUCGACCUGGUCGUCGAGAACAUCGACAUCCACAUCUUCCCACAGGGCAUCCUCUCGACGUCGGUGACCGUGGUGUGGAACGGCACGGCGCGCAACACAUUUCCCCAGUACGAGAUCCAGUACAAACCGGAUGACGGCAAGGACUCGCUGGUCGGCGCAAGCCCCAAGUCCGUGAGCGGCGCCGAAGAAGGACGUUUCGAAUCGGUGACCGUGAGCCGCUUCUACAGGUCAUAUACGAUCAACAACCUCCAGCCGGAGACCAGCUACGUGUUUUGCAUCGCAGUGAAGGACGACGAAGGGGACGCGCACAUCCAGUUAUCGUGCACCCGCGCCCGAACCAGGGACGCGAGCUUCAUGCUCCAGGGCAUCCACUACACGAGCAACGUGGCCGUGGCCGUAGUGUUGGGCAUCGUGUCUACCGCGAUUUUCGUGCUGUGCGCGGCCACGAUGGCGGCGCGCCGCUACAAGCACAGGCAGUACGAGACGCCGCAAAAAUCGCUCGUCAGCAAUACGGCGUCACAGGUCGUGCCGCUAGAGAGUCUGUACAGUCCGCUUAUGGCAAACGUGGGCUCAUGAGGACCCGCACUGCGCGUCGUUUUGCGCCAGCAAGUCGUACACGAGUCGCCUGGCGAACGCUCGACGCGCCCUUUCCUCUGGAAGCAGAGGCACGUGAAAAGCCGAAAUGAGUUUGUGUAGCACACUACAGGAACGCUGCCAUUCACCUACGCGUUCAAAAUGGAACUGAGAUACAAGGUUUAGCUUUAAUGUAAACACUAUUCCACCUGAAUGUAAGUGGGAAAAACGCAGCUGCAUUAGGGAUAUACCCACUCAAGUGACUGCCAGUUAUGUAUUUGUAGUACAUUGCAGCUGCGUGGUAGCGCAAGGCGAUGUGUGAGGUUCUUGGUACUCUCAAAGGUUUUUCAGAAUAGGCGAGUUAAUUUAACACCGGCAAUUCUAGGCAGCCCGCAUAGAUGAUGGCCAGAAACAACCAUAGAUCGCUUUCAGGAUUUCUUUCAGUUCCUGUUAGAAAAAAAUUCGUGUUUCUGAUAUAUGUUCUUGCUCUAAUUCAGUGGACUCACUGAAAUCUCACGUUCUAUUUCCUACAAAUUUCUGCACUAAGCUAAUGCUCAAUGUAAGUGCCAACAGUAGGAAUACCUUUUUAUUUUGGAAAACUGGUCAGACGAUCUCCUCUUUGUUCCUUGGUAAAGUGAAAAUAUUUAAAAGUAACAUUGCAUAGACUGGCGUGUUUCACUCACAGCAGUUCGUCAGGCGAAGCGGACUCUUUGCUGGAACAAAACGGUUCACGGCGCAGCCAGAGAACGCAGUUCGACUAGACUACAAGUCUUCGUAGUUCGAGGACGAAGAGGAGGGAAAAAAGCGUCUCGUGAGACAACAAAUACUCAACGACAUCAUCUAAAAGCAAAGUAUCGCCUCUCCUACACGCAAAGCUAAUCGUAGCACCGCUUCUUUCGCCGUUCGUUUCUUUUCGUCUUUCUUUUUGCGUGUAGGCGACGCCUCAAUCAUAGCCAUUGUUGGGAAAGUCGGGGUAGGGAAGAGGGAGAGACGGGAAGGGUUAGCGCGUGUCUCAGCUUCUGCUGUUUGCCGGCUUUCUGCGAGUGCAGACAAAAUGACACAGCUACGGCAUCGCGCAGUUCCGCAGCGCCACAACUGAGCGUGCGCGCGCCUUCGUACUGCCGGUACUUGUGCUAUAAGCUUCUUUGUAGCUUGUAUAUAAAGUUAACGGUUGUUUCCUUUUUCGAAAGAAAUAUAUACGCACUGUUCUUGAGCACGCACAUACACACAAAUUACACGUACAAGCUUUUCUUUUCUGUUCUCGAGGAGAAAUUCCAAUUAACAUUUAAAAAAAAUUGUACUACUGUUCUUCGCCAAUGCUCAAAGCAGUACAGCGCAAAUGGCACACAAGACAAAUGUGUCAGGUGCAAACCAGAAGUUUCAAAUUCACCACUGUGUCCCCGAUGCCUAACAGCCGUUGCGUUUGUUGUAUCAUACACGAGCCGAUCUCCAAUACUGUCGCAGUUAAAAUGAGGCCGCACCAUGUCACCUGCCAUUAUUCGGCUGCAAAUUUCGUUCUACUGCUACAGUAGACUUGCCUACAAGAAGCAACAAUUAGGAGCUGUGAUUCUGCGCAAACAUUAAGCAAUGGAUGCUUGUAUUCACUUUGAGCAUUAAACGCGCCUUCUGUAAAAUGUGCUUUCGUAAGCAAUCUUAAUAAUUCUUCGUGGAAUACUUAUAAUUAUCCACACCAAAGGACGUAUACAGUUGUGAUGUGUUCGAGAUGAAGGUGCUGUAUAAUUGCAGGUAUCCCUCAUUGCUUUGUUCUUCUUUGUUAUGCGGCUCUUCAUUAUCAGUUUAUUUCACCUGUUGUUCUAAUGUGGCUCAAGUUCCAGUAAAACUGCCUGAGAGCGAGGUGAACAUGUAUAAUAACGUUAGACAAUACAUCUACUGAAUUAAAAAUUUAGUCAUACUACCCACCAAAAGACAAGUUGCCCAUCUAUACUUCAAUAAUGUUGGUUAUGAAAUAAAUGCUUCAGUAUAAUAAAGUUUUGAUGGUUAUUCAAA